UUGUAGGUCUGCUGGUCCUCUUCUUCUCCUCCUCCAGGAAUCAGGGCCAGGGUAAGGAUCCCCCUGGGCCCAGACCACUGCCCCUGAUCGGGAACCUUUUGAGCAUGGACUUUAUGAAACCACACAUCACCCUCUGGGAGCUUUCCAAGAAAUAUGGAGAUGUAUUCACAGUGUAUUUACGAACAAAGAAGGUGGUGGUCCUGGCUGGAUACAAGACAAACAUGCCCUGGUCAACCAUGCAGAUGCAUUUGGAGACAGAGAGUUAACCCUAUUAAUGCAUACAGUUUCUAAAGAAAAUGACCAGGUACUGGAGGAGCUGAGCAGCAUGAUAGGGAGUCGGCAGGUCAAGGUAGAGGACAGGAAGAACCUCCCCUACACUGAUGCUGUCAUCCAUGAGACCCAGAGACUGGCCAACGUCCUUCCCAUGUCACUCCCUCACACCACCAGCCAAGACGUCACCUUCCAAGGCUACUUCAUUAAGCAGGACACCGUAUUGUACCCUCUCCUAACGUCUGUGUUGUGGGAUGAGACUGAAUGGGAGAGUCCGCUCAGCUUUAAUCCUUCCCACUUCCUGGAUGAGGAUGGGAAGUUCGUCAAGAGAGAUGCCUUCCUGCCUCUUCUGCAGGUCGCAGGGCGUGUGUUGGUGAGAGUCUGGCCAGGAUGGAGCUCUUUCUCUUCUUCACCACCCUCCUUCAACGCUUCCGUUUCACUCCUCCACCUGGAGUGACGGAGGAGGAUCUCGAUCUGACUCCAACAUGGGGCCUCACACUCAAUCCUUCCCCCCACCAGUUGUGUGCUCACAGACGGGUCGAGGCAGAAAGUUAAUGAUUGUGUGGCUUAAUAUGCAACAACUUAGAUCUCUGACACAUAAUACAGGAUUGUUGGGGGGGGGGGGAUAUAUAACACGAUGAUACCCUUUCGGGUUGCUAUUUCUCGGAUCCCUGUGUAUUACGUUGCACCAGGUUGAUGAGGGACCAUUAUGUCUUAGGUUGAAUUUCAUUUACAGCUUUAUUUAUAAAGCCCUUUUUUGAAAACACGCGCUUACAAAGUGCCUCACAAAAAUGCAAGUGAAUGAAUAAACAAUUUAAACAAGUUAAAAUAAAAAUUGAUCAAACAAACAAAGAAAGUGAUAAUACUGAAUAUUCAGAAGUCUCUUAAACAAUUCAAAUAUUCAGAAGUCAUUCAGUCGACAUAUGCUAAGGAGCAGGUCAAUAAACUGCCAUUGACCUCAUCAAUGUGCCUCAGGUUAUUCUUGUGCUGUGCAUGUGUGCAGUACAAAACUGUACUCCCCUCCAAGGGCCUCAAAGUGCCCCCAGCCACCCUUGAUAUAAGGAUCGUUGCAAAAAGUAAUGAACAGAGGAAACGACAUUGUGCAUGACGGAAAGCUCAGGGCAAAGUGGAACAAUGAAGAAAGCAAGAUGUAUAGUAUAGGAGGUAUCGGAACCGAGCAUAGGUAAUCCCAGCAACCGCUAGCAUGGUGACCUGAUUUGUCUUGUCCCAAAUUGAACCCCAGGGGAGUCGAGAGCAGCUUGCAGCUGAGUGUGACUUCUUGGAAUGCACUCAAUCAGCAGUAGGAGUGUCUAAAUGCCUUAUCUUUAAUUAUCAAGUUUAUUAUCUUUGGCGUUUUUUUCGGAAGUAGACAACCCAAAAAUAUAAGCUGUUGGGUUUAUUACAUUUGGAUGUAAAAUGAAAAACACACACAUUUGUAAAUAGGUGAAUAUUUCACUGGGAUUGAGAUAAAAAAAAUGCAAAUGUUGGUUGGCAUAAGUAAGGGGCAUGAUAUGCCUCUUGAUAUAGUAAUGAUUUAGUAAACUGGGUUAAAACCCACCGGAUUUCAUAAUCUGUUUAUCUUGAUCUGUAAACUUUGACACAAAUGGGAACUUUGCCAAGGUUUGACUGCGUUUGUGUUAAAAGUCACUGGCUUCUGUCAGGUCGGCAGAUUCCUGUUUUUCUUUUUAAAACUGACACUUUCAUGAGUGAUAUAUUAAAGUUAUUGAUUUUUUGGUAGCUUCUUAUAUGCCAUACUUAUAAUAGUUUAACAAUUUUUUGUUUAAAAACUCACUUAAGUUUUCCAAAGUGUAAAAGUGUGACACUUUCAUAAUCUUUAUGGCAGUAUUUUACAAUAAGGUUACAAUAAUAAACCAUAAAUUAAGAUUAGUUUGUAGUAAUAGGCAUUAAUAAACAAUUAAUGAACAGUUAACUAAUGGUAAGGUACAUAUUUAUAUAUAUUUGAACCCCAUUAAAGAGGGGGCUUACCCUAGCCAUGUUAAAUAAUGCAUACAUUAAAACCUUAAUUAACAUUAGUACAUGUCCUACCCUAAUUGUUAAAUGUUACCAACUUUUCAACUGCCCUCUACUCCACAUAUACAAAUUUUAAUAUCACAUCACAAUCACAAUGAUCCGCAAUAAUGAUAAGCCCAAUAAGAUACCUUAUAUAGCCCAUAGGCAAAUUGAGUCUUGUAGGUAAGAAGUCAACUGAAAUGUUUGCCUUGUCAUUUUGAAACGCAUACACAGGAAAUUAAGCUACAACAGGGUGAUCAUUGCAUACCGUUUUCGUUUAGAUAAAUGUUGUGCUAGGUUUUGUUAAGGCUGAACGUUUUCCAGAUCAACCCAUGAAAUAACCGAAUAGAUCGGUCUCCUAAAUAGUGAAAAUUGCAUUCUAUGUUUAAAGAAACAUAAUUAUACACCACACAUAUAACAUAAAUAUCACCAAAGGUUCACAUAUACAGAGAGAGAGAGAGAGAGAUAGAUAUAAGUGCUGUCAAAUUAACGCAAUAAUCUUUGCUUUGAUUUUGAGAGAUCUAACUCGCUAAAAAUAAUUAACGCUGUCUACUUCCUGUGGCGGGUGACUUAUUAUAAUCGAACCGUCGAGUCUAGAACACACACUAACUAUGAAGGCGAAAGGCACAGAGGUGGAACAUCCAACGCAAUAUAGUUGGAUUCUAAGGAACCACUGUGACAGGGGCAGGUUCUACAUAGCCGUCUAAACUCGAAUAAGUCACGAGAAACGUCACCCGUUAUGAUAUAACAAUCAACCUACGCGUAUCUUGUAAGUCUGCUGGUCCUCUUCUUCUUCUCCUCCUCCAGGAAUCAGGGCCAGGGUAGGGAUCCCCCUGGGCCCAGACCACUGCCCCUGAUCGGGAACCUUUUGAGCAUGGACUUUAGGAUGUUGAUUGAUCUAUUUGCGUUAACUUAGUCUUGGAGGAACUGUUGAGUCUAAACCAUAUGGCGGGAGCUAAACAAAGAAGAUGGAUCAACAGCUGCUUGUCAUAACUAGGUUGAGCAGGGUGUCCUUUAACCACACUCUACCAGAGCUUAUUGUAGUUUUUCUAUCCAUUAGAUUUAAAACCUCAUCGAUGCACACAUCUCCUUGUUUGAGAACCAUGACGCACGCGAUGUUAAGAUUUCCUACUUUAACGAAGCUCUCCUAGUGUGCGUUCAACAGUAUAAGAAACUCUAUUUAUUCUGAUUUGAACUGAUUUAUUGAGCCUUUUUUAGCUAUAAAGGGGAAAACAUAGGUCUACAUAUUAAUUUCAAGACUUUAGAUUACUUUUGAUACAGGGAAGAUUUGGAGAACCUCGUUCACACAACCUUUCAUAAUUAGACUUAUCUUAUCUAUAAACCUACCACAAGUAGGCUACAUGCCAUGUUUAAAAAUAUGUAUACAUAUUAAUUUCAAGACUUUCGAUGACUUUUGAUACAGUGAAGAUUUGGAGAACCUGGUUCACACAACCUUUCAUAAUUAAACUUAUCUUAUCUUUAAACUUUA